UGUGUGUGUGUGUGUGUGUGUGUGUCGGUAUUUCCCUGACGUGCCCUCAACACACAGCUCUAGGAUCAGUUGCCUGACACAAGCGCUAACACACCGCUGACUGUUUUCCUUCCUCAACUUUCACUUCUCCGCCUUUCUGUCUACAAGAAUCAUGUCUGCUCCACCAGCAGAAGGUCCCGGCGCCUCGGGCGUGGCAGGUGGCAACCGGAGACUGCAGCAGACCCAGGCUCAGGUGGACGAGGUGGUGGACAUCAUGCGGGUGAACGUGGACAAAGUCCUGGAGAGAGACCAGAAGCUGUCUGAGUUGGACGAUCGGGCGGACGCUCUUCAAGCCGGAGCCUCGCAGUUUGAGACCAACGCCGCCAAACUGAAGAGGAAGUACUGGUGGAAGAACUGCAAGAUGUGGGCCAUUUUGAUCGCUGUGCUCAUAAUCAUCAUCGUCAUCAUCAUCAUUUGGAGUAAAUCCUAAAACAGCAGCAGCAUUGCGGAACGGCGUGAGGGUCGUGACCGGAGAGUGGACACGGAUACGUACGUACACACAAGUGUCGGCUGAUACCAUGAAGACGGAGAGAGCACGUUCUUCCUGACGUAAAGCUGUUCUAGCCUGCUGAGUGUCAAAUUUUGUAAAAAGAAAAAAUAUCCUUAACUCUUCUUGUUGUUGAUGUUGGUUUUUUUUAUGUUUUGGUUUUAAUAGUUCUGUCCUAUAUGUUCAAAGAUGUUGUUUUUUUCCGUGUGUUAACAUUUCACCUACACUCCUUUAUUUCAUAAUUUCACUAUCUGUACUCAUUUCACUGAGCUUCUGCAUUCGGAGGUGAAGGAGCCGUGUGAGAGCCUUCAAGGUGCAGUUUGUCACUUUUAUUUUAUUUUUUUUUUGUGAGAAGGAGGCGGAGCUGAGAAUCAGGGAAUGUUUUGGACAAGCCUCAAAAAUGGAAAAGCCCAGUUCACAAACAUCCCACUGAUCGAUGAUGGUUAUAAAUAUUAAUAAAUUAUUACAAUUGAAAAAUGACAAACUGCACCUUCUCAACUCAACAAAGUCGCACCAUCAUACCGUAUCUACCUGUAGGUGUUCCAUGUUGAACUAUCCUGACCAAAAAGAUGAACUUUUUUUGCUUACCGAUCAACUGAGCUCCAUGUCUCUGAGGAAAUGGUUAAACUGGUGUAUUCAUUUAGUCAGUCAGUGCCUUAACACUUUAGUGCCAUAAUGAUUUUGGACGCCUCCUGAGGCUCAAAGGCCUUCGAACAAAUACACCUGAGUGCCAUUAAUCAACACAGCCGGCCUCUCUCCCUUUUUUUCCUCCCUCCCUCUCUUUUUCUAUCUCUCGCCCUCUUCCCCCCCCCCCCCCAACUCACUCUCACACUCGCACACACCUCUCUCUCUUCCUCCUUCUGUCCCCCCAUACACCUCUCUCUCUCUGCCCCCCCUUCUCUCUCUUCCUCCCUCUCUCUCUCCCCCUAUCUCUUUCUUUCUCCCCCCCACUCACAUACAUCUCUCUCUACCCCUUUCUCCCUCUCUCUCUCCCUCUCUUUCUUUCUCUCUCUCUCUCUAUAUAUUUAUAUAAACUGCAUGUAUGUAAUAAGCCAUAUGAUUUGAUGAACUAAUUAACAUUAGUGUCUAUGUACUUGACUUGCACAGUUCUUCCACACGGUUGAGCUACAGCGAUUUUUUUUGAUCUCACCAAAAUGACAACGCCUCUAAAUAAAAUUCUUGCUACACUUUUCCCUUUUUUUCUUCCUUUCUAACACCACCAGCAAGAGCAACAGGCUCUGGGCGUUCAUGCCAUGUCUGAUGGCACCAAAACGGGCGUGAAUGUGUGAUUUAUAUUUACAGUACUGUGCAAAAGACUGUGUGAGGAAAUGUGUGUAACAAGAUUUAUGCAUUUGGUGGAAAAAAAAAUAGCUGGAAGUAUUCUCUUCUCUAGACAGUGUGUUAAAAUUCCACCAACAGCACAUCCAACACAGCGCAGAUAUUGAUUAGUCAGAUCAGGUGUCCUAGCAGGGGCAAUUUAGCAUAUACCAGGGGUAAUUAGUGAUCCUGGAGUGCUUCAUCAGUGAGGUGGAUUCUCUGAAGCACGGAUGUUUUGGGGAAAUCCUGAGCCCAAGCUAACACGAUUUGGACAUACUCUCGUAGCUGAAGCAUCAGGACAUGGAAAACUUCUCGUCCUGAAGCUCAGAAAAAAUAUAGAACACUACUUCGAAUAACACACACUCAAGAAAUAAAUUCUACUAUUAUUCAAUUAGAGUUUCUACAUACAUUUUACUCUAAGCCCUUUGCACACUACUGCUGUAUGAAUGUAAACCAUAAUAUUGCAAAGAAACCGAUAAAACGGCCUCAGACCCGUCGUGCUUUUGGAAUUUUGUGAUUGCUAAUAAAUUAAUAAAUAUGGAUUAAAUCA